AUGGCUAUUGAAAAUGGUCACUCCAACGGACAUGCUAACGGUAAUGGUGCUGUAGCACCUAUCGAUGAGAGCAUCGCUGUCAAAGCCAAUGCCAUUGACAAGGUUCCUCAAUUGCUCGAGGAGAUUGCUAAACAAGGCAAAGCUCUCACUCAGGAUGGAGCCCAGAACCGUCGCCAACUCUUGGAGUCGGUUCGCUCUUUAUCAUAUGCUCUUGAAACUCCCCGUGAAGCUAUGAUUCGCUACUGUUGGUCUCAGCCCACUAUCUUUGCUGCCAUUGAGCUAGGUAUCAAUCUAGGCCUUUUUAAGGUGCUGGCCAAAGAUGACAAGCCCAAAACCGCCGUUGAGCUAGCUGAAGCUACUGGUGCGGAACCAGUCUUUCUCAGUCGUAUUUUGAAGCAUCUUGGCGCUAUGGGUGCCAUCUACGAAGUUGGGCCUAAUACUUAUCAACCAACCAACUUUGCUAAGACAUUGACUAUCCAGAAAUAUGCAGACUCCUUCCCCUGCAUGAAUGACUGCAUCAACUCUGCUAUCCUAGCUUUCCCCCAAUGGGUUAAGAAGAACGGCUACCGAGCGCCAACCGAUGGCAAGAAUACCGCCAUGCAGUUAGGCUUUAACACCGAUCUGCAUUUUUUUGAGUACCUAGCCACCAACCCGGAAUUCCCUGUCCGUUUUAUGAAUCACAUGUCGGCCUAUCACCAGGGUCGACCCAGCUGGAUGGACCCUGGCUUCUACCCUGUCCAAGAACGUUUAGCUGCUGGCUUGGAUACCAGUGCACCCUUAUUGGUGGAUGUGGGUGGAAGCACUGGUCAUGAUCUCCAGGAGUUCCGUCGCAAGCAUCCCGAAGUCCAGGGUAAGCUUGUGCUUCAGGAUCUUCCCGAGGUCAUUGAAAAGGCCAAGCUGCUUGUAAUCCCUGAGAUUGAGGCAGUGGAGCACGACUUUUUCAAGGAGCAACCAAUCAAGGGUGCUCGUGCAUAUUACAUGCACUCCAUCCUCCACGACUGGCCUGACAACAAGUGCAAAGAAAUUUUAACCAACCUUGCCCAGGCCAUGAAGCCAGGAUAUAGCAAAAUCUUGAUCAACGAGAAUGUCAUCCCAGACAUGGAUGCUGACUGGCAAACUACUUCUUUGGAUGUCGUUAUGAUGACCUUGUUCGCGUCUCAGGAGCGCACAGAGCGCCAGUGGCAUGCUUUAGUUGAAUCCGCAGGCUUGAAGAUUAUUAACAUCUAUACUGCCGAAAAGGGUGUCGAGAGCUUGAUUGAAUGCGAGCUUGCUUGA